UUGUCACUUUGGUCGUUGCCGUUCGAACUGCGGUUCGUCUUCGUUUGGGAUUGAAAUGAAAUUUUAACAAAUUUGUAUGUUUUUUCGUUUUGGAAUUUUAAUUACUUCUUCUCGAUUGUGAUGUGCGCGUUUUAAAUGUUAUUGUCUACGAAAUUGUUUUGUUUACAAUAAAACGGAUAAAUCUCGUCGGCCUCAAAAAGUGUUUCUCGUCCUCCUCAAGCCUUCGUCGUCGUGUCGGUGGUUUUUGGCGUUUUUCUGAUGAGAAAGUUUUGAAAAAUAAAUACGAGUAAAUAAGAAAAAUAAAAGAUGAGCAUGUAAGCGAAAAAGUCAACAAACGAAAGGAAUUUCUUCCAAGAAUAAACCAGAGGUGCAGAAGAAGAAUAAUCCUUCUUCCUCCUCCUGCUGCUGCUGCUUCUCUGUAGUUGGACCAACAAAACAAAAAAGAAGAAUUAUUGUACCUACUCCACCUCUCAUCGUCGUGCAACUUGCAAAUGCUCCAAUUUGUUGUUGAAGUUUUAAAGCAGAAAAGUUAUGUUGUUUUGUUGUUGAUGCUGCUUCUGCCUGCAAUUGCUGCAUCUUCCUAAAGUGUGUCUACGUUUUUAAAUAGAAGAAGAAGAAAGUUUCUGUGUCACAACCUCGUUAUUUUUUGUUGUUGUUUUCUGUCUUUUUGUUUGUGUUUUGUGUUUAAAUUGUGCGGCAUUCGCGUUGAUUUGCCUUUACAAAAAAUAAAAAAGAAAAUUAAGCGCGCGUGGUGCUCCACAAGAAGAUGAACAAUCAUUCGACACCUCCUCAGCAGCGUCACGGCCAUGCAGUUGCAGUUGCGGCUGCUGCAGCCGUUGCCGCUGCUGCUGCCUCAGGUCCUCCGUCCUCAUCGUCGUCUUCGGGUCAUCAUCAUCAUCAUCAUGCUGUUUUGCAUUCACCAUUCAUCAGCAAUUCGUUGGCCAUUCGACAGGAGAUCCAACGCUUCGAGAGCGUUCAUCCGUCAAUUUACGCAAUUUACGAUUUGAUUGAUUUGCUGCCCGAUGCUCAGAUUGCCCAGCAGAUCCGGGAUCAUGUUGUUUGCAUUGAAGAUUCUUUUGUCAACAGUCAAGAAUGGACAAUAUCACGAUCUGUUCCGGAUCUAAGACUGGGCAUUGUUGGAUCAUUGAGCUCUGGCAAAUCGGCCUUGGUGCAUCGUUAUUUAACUGGUUCCUAUAUGCAAGAAGAAUCACCUGAAGGUGGACGAUUUAAGAAAGAAAUAUUUGUUGAUAAUCAAAGUUAUUUGCUGUUAAUACGAGAUGAAGGUGGUGCACCAGAAAUGCAGUUUGCUGCUUGGGUUGAUGCUGUUAUCUUUGUGUUUAGUUUGGAAAACGAGGCUAGUUUUAACGCGGUAUACAGUUAUUAUACUAAAAUGGCGCAUUUUCGCAAUAGUCAAGAAAUUCCAAUUAUUUUAGUUGGAACACAAGAUGCCAUUAGUGAAAGAAAUCCCCGUGUGAUAGACGAUUCGAGGGCUAGGAAACUUGCAAACGACUUGAAACGAUGCUCGUAUUAUGAAACCUGCGCAACGUAUGGCCUUAAUGUGGAAAGAGUGUUUCAAGAUGCUUGUCAAAAGAUUCUCCAACAAAGAAUCACCACCUGUGUACCGCCAGUCAACUCUCGACCAACCACUCCACAAGGAACCCGUCUUGGCAUAGCUAGUUUUCAUCAUUCCAAUGCUGCAGUAGCGGCAAAUGGCUUUUCUGCCUCAACCCCAUCCGUUGUUCAAUCAUCAGGUGCAACGUUGCCUCAUCGGCAUCAUGUGCUAUCAACCUCAAGUCAUCACAUCCCUAUGCGGAUGAGUGCCGAUUUUGUGCAUAACGAACAACAACAACAACAAAAAUGGGCCGCCAUCUCGGGUCAUCCGUCGCAGCAAUCCCAUCAUCAGUCACAUUCACAGCAGCAACAUUUUGUCACUGUAACGAAUGAAAAUAAUAAUGUGACAACAAAAUUUCAACCCGGAGCGGUGACAGUGCAUCAUUCGGCGAUUCCUUCUGCCGAGAAUCUGGCUCCCCUAUCGCUGGUUCCGCAGAGUAAAGAUUCGGGGAAGGAUAAUAGCAGUGGGGGUGGUGGUGGUAAGGAUCUGCCAACUCCAACAUCGACACCAACAACAAGUCGCAAGUCCCGACGACGAUCAAAUCUUUUUAUCCCCUCGUCGAAAAAGGGUGAGGAUAAGUCUAAGAACGGCGAACUUGGUAGUGGCAGGUCAAUACCUCUGAAGCAGGGCUAUCUGUACAAGCGGUCCAGCAAAUCACUCAACAAGGAAUGGAAGAAGAAGUAUGUGACUCUGUGUGAUGACGGUCGACUAACUUACCAUCCAUCUCUUCACGACUACAUGGACGAUGUCCAUGGGAAAGAAAUUCCUUUGCAAUAUGUUACCGUCAAGGUCCCGGGACAAAAACCUCGUGGAUCAAAGUCAAUCAUAACCAACAGUGCUCUCACAUCAUCAAUGCUUUCAAAUGGCAAAUCAAACCAAAAUGGUCUCAGCGAAGGAAUCGGUUGUCUAUCGAUUGUCAAGGACAACAAAAAGCUUUCAGAGAAGGGUCUUCUGACUGCCUUCGACACUUUGUGGGAGCCUGGAAAGUCAAAUUCCUCCCAACAAACUUCUGGCGACGAAGGAAUCGCCAUGAGCAAUAGCAAUUCACAGACUUUCAUUGCAAGUGAUACAUGCAACCAACAGAUGUUAGUUGGUGCUAAUAAGUUGGAUGCCCAGACCCCGAAUGUGAAGAAACGUCAUCGAAGAAUGAAGAGCAGUGGAGUGAAAAAUCAAGAAGUCGAUGAUUCGGAUGGAUAUGAGUUCUAUAUUGUGUCGUUGGACAGUAAACAGUGGCACUUUGAGGCGGCCAAUAGUGAGGAGCGUGACGAUUGGGUUGCUGCAAUUGAACAGGAAAUAUUCAAAUCCCUGCAGGGCAUUGAAUCGAGCAAGAUGAAGCCAGCGACGUCAAGUGAAAUGGCGAGUAUGUCAUCGAUAAGGACGCGGGUUCCAGGCAAUGGGCAUUGUGUAGAUUGUGAUGCGCCAAAUCCUGAAUGGGCUAGUCUUAAUUUGGGAGUUCUAAUGUGUAUAGAGUGCUCUGGCAUUCACAGGAAUCUCGGAUCUCACAUUUCUAAAGUUCGAUCUUUGGAUUUAGAUGAUUGGCCUGCUGGUCAUCUAAGUGUAAUGUUAGCUAUUGGAAAUAGUCUAGCUAAUUCAGUAUGGGAAGCCUGCACUCGAAACAGACCCAAACCACGACCAAAUUCAAGCCGGGAAGAAAAAGAAUCAUGGAUUCGAAACAAAUACGAGGCUAAAGAUUUUCUACCCAUGUGCAAUCAAAAUACGAAUGCCACAGCUGGACAGCAGCUUAUCGAAGCAGUGAUAAGAUCUGAUAUGAAAUCAAUAAUUCUAAUACUUGCUAAUGCAACCAAUGAAGUCACUAACUCAACUGUUAGUCCAAGGGAUGUUCGAACGCCUCUGUUGCUUGCUUGUGCUAUUGGAAACUUGGCUAUUGCUCAAUUACUGAUAUGGAAUCAUGCCAACAUCAAACACACCGAUCACGAAGGACGUACCUGCUUAGCUUAUGCACGUGCUGCCCAAUCUCUAGCCACGGCCAAAUCCCUUAAAGCAGCUCAAACAAAUUCUAGCAAUACCAGCACCACAUCCUCAACAUCCUCCACUAAUUCCUCCUCAGCGGCGAUAUCGAAUGGUGGAAGUGGAAAUGGAAUUCCAACACCACACUACAGCGUUGAGGAAACAACCGCCUUAGUUGAGCUGCUUAUGAGUCUAGGAUGUCCUGAAUCGGCACCUUUAACCGCCAGCGGAACAUUACCUCGACGAAGGGAUACUCUCGGGACACCCUAUGAAAAAGCUGUAUCUGGUGUUAUUUAAGAAAAAAAAAAAACAAAUAGAAUUAACAAUCAAAUUUAAAAAAAAAAACUGUUUUAAACAAAAAUAAAAAAAAAGAUGACGAAAAAAUCUCAUAAAGCAACCCUAAUAAAUAUUUACUUGGGGCUAAAUAUGUAUUUUAUAUGUAUAUGUUAACCUAGGAUAAGAUAUCGUUGAUUUUUGUUUUUAACUUUUAUUUUGUAUUUUUAUUUAAUUGUAGUCCUUUCUUCUUUGUUUAAAUUAAUUAAAUAUUGAAUCCUAUUUUUGUUGCGGCCAGUGAUGCUCCUUGAUGGACCCAAAACAUACACACACACAUUCUACCUUCUUUAUAUAAACUUUGUUAAAACUUUAUAAUUAUGUAUUUGUUUCCAACGAUAUAUCCUCAUUGUUUGUUUUAUCUUUUUAUUUUUAAUCUUUUUUUAUUAAAUAUUAUAAAUGUACUUUGUUUCUAUAUAAUAUCCUUGGAAGAAGGUUAAAAUUCAAAUAUAUGUAUGUAUGUAUGUAUGUGUAGAAAAAAACGAAAAAUUAUAUUCCUUAGUUUAAUGUUUUUUUUUAUUUUUGCGUAAUUGUAAUUUUAUAUUUUAUAAAUAUUUUUUUUUAAUUGAAUGUGAUUCACCUUUUUUUUGUUCAAAAUUUUUGUAAUGUAACAUAUUAUUAUAAUAUAAUGAAAUAUAAAUGUAUUGACAGAGGAUUUCAUAAGGAACAUCCUAUAAAAAAAAAAAAAAAAACAGUAAAUUAAUAAAAUAUAUAUAAAUAACAAUUAAAUAUAAAUUAACAAAAUAUGAAAUAAAAUAAUUUAGAUAUUAAGAAAUUAAGUUAUUAGACAAAAAAAAAGUGAAAGUAAAUUUUAAAAAACAUACAAAAUCGGAAGCAUUAGAAAACGCAAAUCGACUUUAUAAUAAACAAACAAAAAUACAAUCGCUCGCUAUAGUGGAAUUACAAUAAAGCUGAUACAAAAUAUUAAUUACAUUUUACACUUUGCUGAAUUAAAAAUUCAUAAAUAAAUACAAAUUUAAUGCAAUUUGAAGCACAGAAUAAUAUAAAAUUGUUGCGAUCUAAAAUAGCGCAUAAAAAUCACGUUUUUUUCUAAAUCUUGUAAGAAAUGAUUAUAAAUAAAGAUUUUAAAUAAAAACAAAUAGAUAAAUACCACAAAAACAAUAAAAUUUGCAAAAUAUACACGAAAAUUUACAUGAAAUGUUUUAAAAUCAAAUACCAAUAACAAUCGAAAGAAAAUAAAUCACAAUAAUGCAAAAAAA